AUGACGCCAUCUGCGCCCACUACACGCCAGCAGCGCGCCAUCUUCACCUGCUGCACUCCAGUUCUGGCACUCUGCGCACCAUCUGCGCCUGCUGCGCCUGCUACACACUCUUUUUGCUGCUCUGCGCUUGCUAUCGCACGCCUGCUGCGCCAGCUCGCCAUCUGCGCCUGCUGCGCACGCAGCAGAGCACUGUCUGCCUGCUGCACGCCAGCAACCAUUUUCAUCUGCGCCUGCUGCACGCAGCUUUCUGGCGCCCUCUGCGCCUGUUGCACGCCAGCAGCCUGCACGCCUGCACGCACCAUUUCUGAGCGCCGAUCUGCGCUUGCUGCGCACGCCAGCGAAUGCGCCUCUGCGCCUGCUGCGCACGCCAGCGGUGACGCCGUCUGCGCCUGCUACGCGUCAUGCAACCGAGCAGCUUGCUCUCGCCUCUUCACGCACGCACCCUACUGGCUUGCCGCUCUGCGCCUGCUUCGCGCACCAGCAAUGACGCCGCUCUCACGCUGCUGCGCACCAGCAACCGGCUUAUCUCUGACCCUGCUGCGCACGCAGCUUUCUGACCCGCCGCCGCCUGACACGCCGCGCCGCCGCCACCACCGCCACGCCAUCUGGUACCCGCCAUAUACUGGUAGCGCCCACCGCCGCCGCCGCCUGGGAAUGCGCCGCCCCCGCCACCGCCGCCGCCGCCGCGCCGCCGCCACGCCGCUUCGCCGCCGCCUGGAGCGGACCCUGCGCCACCGCCGCCGCAUUACGCCCCACCAUAUACCUGUUCUGCUUUACCCUGUUUUUGUUUUUCCUGUUUCUCCCUCCGGCCGCGCCCCGCCGCCGCCUGUUACGCCUGCCGCCGCCUGUUGCGCCCCCGCCGCCGCCGUUGCGCCCCACCGCCGCCGCAAUGGCCCCUGCCGCCGCUUUUGCGCCCCUACGCACCUUUGCGUUCGCCGCAAUCUGCCCCGCCGCCGCCUGUUGCCCCCGCCGUCGCCUGUGCGCCCAGAUGCCGCCACAAGCCACGUCCGCCAUCGAACCCACCUGUGGCGUACGCCCCCGCCGCCUGUUGCGCACCGCCGCCGCCGCAGCCGCCAGCCACACUUCAGGCCCGCCACCUGCCACGCCCGCACCCACCACAGUGCGCGCCGCCUGGCCGCCACCAACGGCCUGACAUCUGCCGCCACCUGUGCCUUGCGCGGCCCCUCCGCCACCUGUAGCGCCCCACCACCACCUGUCCCGCCGCCUGACGCACCCGCCGCCGCAGCCCGCACCGCCGCCUGUGCGCCCCCCACCACCAUAUUGCACUCACGCCGCCGCGAUCGCGCCCGCCGCCGCCGCCUGUUACGCCCCACCGCCGCCUGUUGA